CCGACCGUCACAACAUACGACGAAACAAGCGAACGCGUACACAGCCGCUAUGCGGUCCCGCCGUGUGUAUAAAGGUAUGUGUUCAUGGUGUCGCUUGUUGCUCAUAUUCAGCGACAGACAAGUCUCGUGAUAUUAUAUGUCGCUGAUUUCAACCGUCGCUUGUGUGAACGGAAAGCAGCGACAGAAAGAAAAGAAACAUAACCUAGGUGUUGUGUAAAAUAAAUUCCAAUUGUUAAAUAACCUCAAAGCUCCUCGGGCAGGUUGACGACGCGUGUCCCUUCUUUUUCUUCUUGGGGGAUCCUGGAUAUCAGACUAUGAAGGAGUCUCAAUGCCAAUAUUUUACUACGCGUGUUCCAAGUAAGACACACAAAAAAGUAAAUUUCAACAUUGUAUGUGUCCAACAUGUCAUAUCAAGAAAGAUAUCACGAGUGGGCCUGUCAAGUUGCUACAAUUAUUUAUAAUAAAAAUGAAGAGCAACGUCGGCGAAAUAAACUAAUAGUUGCUGUAUACAUUGCAAAGUUAAAAAAAAAAUAUAAAAAAAAGAGAUUUUGGAUUGAUCCAUUAUUUAAAAGACGACGUGAACAUGGUUUUUACUACGCAUCUGUUCCAAGAUUAACUCCAGAAAAUUUUCGAAACUAUUAUCGCAUGACAGUUAUGCAAUUUGAAGAAUUGUUACACUUAGUGGCACCUGCAAUCACUAAACAAACGGUAAUUAGAGAACCGUUACCUCCUGCAGAGCGACUAUCUAUAACAUUGAGAUAUUUAGCAACUGGUGAUUCGAUGCAUUCAAUGUCAUAUCACUUUCUCGCUGGAGCUUCAACAAUAAGCCACGUUAUAGGUGAAACAUGCGAUGCUAUAUGGAACUGCAUUCGUCAGAAAGUGAUCCCACCAUCAAAAACAACAGAGGAAUGGCUACACCUUGCUAAAGAAUUUGAAGAGAAAUGGGAUUUCAAUCAUUGCAUAGGCGCAAUUGACGGCAAACAUGUUAUUAUUGAAUGUCCACCUAAAGCAGGCUCAUCUUAUUAUAAUUAUAAGAAGACUCACAGUAUUGUGCUCCUCGGAAUUUGUGACGCACAAUAUAUGUUCACGUUCGUUGAUAUAGGAGCCUACGGUCGUCGCAGUGACGGUGGUAUUUUUAGAGAUUCAACGAUGGGUCUAAAAUUUGCAUCAAAGGAAAUGAACGUACCUGCACCAGAACCUCUCAGCCCAGGUGGACCUCCUUUACCAUAUGUUCUAGUGGGCGAUGAAGCCUUUCAAUUGUCAGAUUAUUUACUCCGGCCUUAUCCAGGAAAAGGCGGUUUAAACGACGAGCGAAAUAUUUAUAACUAUCGAUUGAGUCGAGCUAGGAGAACAAUCGAAAAUACAUUUGGUAUUUUAGUCAGUCAAUGGAGAAUUUUGAAGAGACCAAUCAAUUGUAAUAUGGAAAAGACAAUUUCAAUUGUUAAAGCUAUUAUAUGCCUCCAUAAUUGGAUUCGUCAGAUGGAUAUUGAAGAAAAUCAAUAUGUUACUCCAACACUAAUUGAUCGAGAAAGUGAUGACGGCUUUAUUCCAGGUUCUUGGAGAAAUUGCACGAAUAAUAGUGCAUUAGAAAACAUAACUCAGUGCGGUUCUAAUAAUAGUUCUCGUCAAGCGAUGCAAAUUCGAGAAGAAUUCUGUAAAUAUUUUAAUAGUGAAGGUGCCAUACCAAGUCAAUUCUAUCAUUGUUAGUUCUUAUACUCAUUCAUUAAUUGUAUAUAUGCAAUUUAACUUGUCUGAAAAUGUAUAAUAAAUUAUAAAAUAUCAGUGGA